AUGUCAAGUGAAACCUACCAACUCCUUGCACGAACAAUCUGCAUGUGGUCACCAACCACACCUGUUCACUGCCGCUCUCAAUAUCCAUUAGCCACCAAGAGUUUACCUCUAAACUACAAAGCAACAUUUUAUGAUUAUGUUGUGAUUAAUCGCGAGCGCUAUAAUGCUUCUUACACAGCAGAGUCCAUUGGUUUGUUAUUAGUUGAUGUUCCUAUUGAGCAGUCUUCUGUUGAAGGCAUUCUCAAUGCAUAUGGCGAAGUCUUGAAGCUAUUGGUGUUCAACUUUGGGAGCUUGAGGAAUAUUUGGAACCAGAUAUGCAGUUGCCCCCCCUCAUUUCCCCUAACUGAAUCAAGGGACACAUCACUCUCAAGACAGUCACAAUUGGGCCUGACCGGAAGAAAGUAUGGGCCACAACUGACUUGGCAAAAGCCAUACUCUCAAGGACUUCAACUGGAGGAUUUGCAUGGUUUAUUGACCAUUUUCAAGGGUUGUCUUGCAUUGUUUUGGUGGGGUGCAGAGCUAGCACCAUUGGUUUCUAUUGCUGUGCUAUCUCCACAAGGAAAAAAACAUACUGUGUUCAUCAUCAAGUCAUCAAAGGAGACAUUGUCAGAGCCAAAGUUGGUGUCAAUUAUUGCCACAGCAUCUGCCACAUUGUACUUGGCUUCAAACCCUGGGAUGCCUUCACAUCAACAUUUGGCAACCUGGCAUCAAGCUUUAGCAGCUGUGGUUUUUCAAACCUUAGUGGGUCAGUGCAAGCUUUUACUUGAGACUUCAGUAUUUACCAGCUCUGGAUUGCCUCCUGGAAUGGUCGGCACAAUCAACAAGUUCAUUGAUAAAGCGGACAUUAACAGUAUGGUCAAUCUUCUCAGUCCAACAUGGCUUUCAAAUGGCCUGAAAACCAUCUUUAUAAAAGAAACUAUCUACCCUCACUGCCCUACACCCCACACGUCACCCACAUACAGCACAAACAUCCCAGCCACAAAGAAUAUCAUGAUUAGCCUUUAUCCCUCCAUCAACAACAGAGUCCAAAUAUUUACUGACGGCUCCCUUAUCAAUGGCAGACUAAGCUACUCUCCACAGAAACCAACUCAUCCUUCCCAGUGUCCAUAUUCACUGACAACCAAGCUGUCAUUCAAUCCAGCUACUCUCAAGAUGGCAGGCCGGGUCACACCAUCUUAG